GUCGCGGCGCCCCACUCGCUCUGGUCGCGUCGGGAUUCCAAGAAGUGUCUUCAGUCAGUCCCAGAAGUUUAGUGAUUCGUUCUGCUUCCAAAAUCUUACAUGAAUGGACUGUGAAAUAUAUGGAAGUUGGAAGAAGGAGUCAUUUUGCGUGUCCCCUCGCCCAAUGACGGUGACCGACCGGCGACUCAGAGAGAGAAGGAAGCUCACUGCGCGUUCUCAGACGGAUUCGACAGCCUCUAUCUGCGGCUAGAUGCGUAACGGAAGCGGAGAAGAUCGGGAUCAUUCUACGAAAAUCGUACUGAUUGAAUUGUUCUUGCCGAGAUUAUCGCUUCUCAUGCCUUGAGUAUCGAUGGAAUUCUUGCUAGACGUCUUUCGGCCUGGGCUCAACAAAAUGAAAACAUCUUCGCUCCUGAUGAUCAUCGCUGCGCUGCUUGCAGGAAUGGCUAGAGGGGAGAGCUGCGUUUGCUCAUCAUUCUGGGAGUGUACGUCUACAGGGGGGAGUCCGGUUGGCUUGUGUGAUGAGGAUCCUAUCCAGGUUUGUUGUCUAGACGGAGACCCGAAUCAAGCCAAAGGCCUCGGAGGAGAGAUGAUCGGGCCGGUCUUUCGUGUCAAAUCAGAGGUCAAUCCGGGACGGGAAUCUCCGCCUCCUCCGGUUCGACUUUUCGGCGAUCGGAGGGUCACGCCACUCAUCAGUUCAAUUUUUCGAGAUUCGAUCCCAGUCCGUCGACUCAGAACAACCCACACCGAAAGCCCCGCGGAAUCUUCUGAGGAUCGGAAAUCUCUAGACGCGUUCCCGCAGAAUCUUGUGUCUCCUCCAGAGAUAAUCAAUCCUCUACCGGCAGAUCGAAAUCGUGAGUUCGCUCUCCACAGACGACGGAAUCGCACGGUGAUUUACGCUUAUAGCUCUAGAGUGGAGCGCUGA